AAACAAUAUUAUAUGUCAAUGUCAGUGUUCUUGCAAAAGGAAAAAAAAUCAUACAUCUGAAAAUACCGAUGAACUAAGAUAGUGAAUUAUUAUGAAAGAUUGGUUAUUUAUUAGAUAACAAAAAUGACUGAAAAAGACGGUGGGAUAUUUUAUAACUUAGAGAGUCUUCUACAACAGGAUCAUCGUGGAGUUAAUAUAGCUGUUUAUGCUCUCGCUACUGCUGGUCUGGCACUAUCUGUUCACAAAAUCCGUCCGAUAAGCAAGUUUUCAAAGGCUUCUAAAGUUCCUAACCACUUUAUCAAAAGACAUGAAUCUUUGAAAGGAACAUAUGUUGGUGUUCAACACUCGCCAGUACGACUUUUAAUAAAUCAUAGGGCACCUAUUUACCUCCCAUUAUGGCAUUCCAGCAAACCUCCACUGCCUGUUAAGCUAUGGGGAGUGGACAUUGUGAGUGGAAAUGCUGUAAAUUGGCUGGACUGUGUUGCCAAAGGGCAAAAAGUUACAUUAAAACCCAUUGGAAGAGAUAAAGAAGAUCUUGUUUCCACUGUUAUUUUGCAUUUACCUGGAAAUAAGGCAAAAACAGAAGAAACAUUUGAUGUUGGAAAAAAAUUGGUUGAGCUUGGCUUUGCACAAACUUCACUACCCAAAAAUAUUAAGAAGAACACACUCGAAUCAAAACUGGCGCCAGCAUUACUAUCUGCAGAGUCCCGAGCCAAGUGGAAUAGAAAUGGGAUAUGGUCGGACAGAUUACCACCGUUGCCAGUCUAUGUCAACUAUUGGAAAAAGAGUUCAGAAGUAGCCACUAGUAUUUUUGUUAUGUCUUCCAAGAAGUUGCUACAGCUUCUAUUGCUUGUCGUCAAGAGUGCCUUAAGUGGAGGAAAAAGCUUAAUUCUUAGACCCUUCAGAUCGUCACCGAAACAGGUAAAACAGAUACAAGCAACAUGAGUUAAUGUCUUUACGUAUUUUAUCAGUGUACACACCAAAUGCAUUAUGAUAUUAUAAUUAUUUGGUGAGCUUGAUGUCUCCAAAUCAUAUUGAUUGUUACUUAAAUAAUAUUUUAUAGAACUAAAUUCUGUUGGAAAUAAAGAUGAUUUAAAAUGGA